GGUAGCCAAUCCAAUCCCCGUUUUUUGUUGUGUUCUGUGUAGUUUCGUACGUUCUCUCUGCUUUCGCUUUUCGUUACCGCGUUUUGUCCCCUAAUUGUCUAGGCUCGCGUUUUCUUAUUGCGUGAUUUACUAGCAACUUGACAAUAUGCGAGACGUUAGAGCUGUCAGGCGACCUUACGGCUGAGUAUUCGCUUUCAAGCGCGAGCACAUUCACAGCUGAACAACCCGCGUCGCCAGGAAAUGGCCGCCGUACCGGACAAGGCGAACCGUAGGGAGUUGUGCGAAAUUAUCUGCACGCAAAAAGAAAAACUCCAGCGUUACGAGGCCCGGCUCGGAGACCUUGUUCGUGCGUACAAAAGUCUGCAGAAAGAAAAGGAUGCCCUCGAACUGAGCCUGAAAGCACUGACAUCGUCGAAAGCCAGCGAAAAAGCCCGUGCGAGCACGUCAAAUGAAUCCCUGACUGGAAAGGAAAGUGAAAAAAAGUCAGAACCAAGUCCAUCAUCAACAGCUGAUGGGCAAGAAGAUGCAGGCUCCCCCGGUGAUUCCGCACAGAGUGAUGCUCCUGAAGACCAUGUGGCUGCCCUGUCUCAGGCUUUGUCUACCCUCUCAGAAGAGAAGGCCCGCAUGGAGGCUGCCUUCCAGGCAGACCGUAAGCGACUCAUCCAGGAGAAGGAUGCCGCACUACGCCAAGUCGAGGAACUCCAAAGAAACGCGGAGGAGCAGGCCACUUCUCUGGAAGCCAAGAUGGCUGAGCUGCGAUCGAAGUUGCGCGAGGAGCAGCUGGCUCGGGAGCAGGAGCAGAGUGACCAUGCAGCGAUGCUGAGGGAACUUCAACGCCUGCUUUCCGAAGAACGAACUCUUCGUGAGAACUUGGAAGACAAGCUUGAGGAAGCCACGAGGAAAGCCGCUCAGGCAGACUUGGCGAAGGAGUAUGAGACCAAAGUGGAAAAACUGACGCAGGAGUUGGACGAGGUGCGCAAACGACUGCUUGCAUCAGAGGAGAAGUUGAAGCAGCCUUCCCCCCUGCUGCUCAAGCUGCAGCAGGAGCUGGUUGAGGUCAAAGCUCAACACCAGGCUGCACUGGAGCAGGAGAGGAAACGGUCAGGACACGCUCAGGCACGUCUGCACCAGCAGACGUCAGGAAGUGAGGCGCGGGUUGCCAGCCUGGAGAGCCGUCUGCAGGAGCUGUCCCAGGCGGUGGGCACGUACGACCGGCUGCGAAUGCAAGACCGUGCAGCCAUCCAGCGACUGCGGGAGCGUCUUUCGCAGCUCGCCCAAGAGAAUGCAGCUUUAGCAAGCGCCGCAGGCAUAGGCGCCAAGGCUGCCGAACUGCCUUCCCAGGACAGCAACCUCGACGUGAAGACCCUGCUCGACCGGUUUGGCAAGAUGCGCCUGCUGUUGAAGGAGUCGAACCAGCGUGCUGAGAGGCCUGUUGACCUGAUUGGGUACUUCCGCGAGCUGGCAGAAGAGGAAGUCCUCGGUCUUCACGCCAAAUGCCGAGAAGAGCUCCGCCAGCUCAAGGAUGAGUUUGAACAGUACAAGGCUCACGCCCACUCUGUACUCCAGGGCACAGGCGGGCAAGGCAGCUACGCAAAGGGUCAGGAGUCUUCAGCAGAGUUGGAUCGACUCAAGCAGCAAGUGAAGGACCUUCAGGGGCAGCUGAGGACGCAGCGGGCUCAGUUCGAGGCGCAGGAGCAAAUCAGCAGGGAGACCACUACGAAGCUCCAGCGUGCCCUGGCGGAUGCGGACCUGCAACACGAGCAGGAGCGGCAGCGCCUGGAACAGCGUUGGAGCAGCAAGCUGUCGGAGCUGGAGUCCCUGAUGCAAGCGCAGAGAGACCGUUCGCUGGCUCUAGUGGAGGAGAAGGAUCGCGAGCUGCAGGCACUGCGCGCCACACUCGCCAGCUUGGAGUCCGAGAACCAGCGCUAUGACUGGCAGGCGCAGCGCGAAGCCGUCAGCAGCAGCGGCUUGGACAUCUCAGGUGACCAGGACGGAAGCUCCGAUGCUCAGGGCGAUGCCUUGGAUCCCCUUCUCUCCGAGUUGCUGUCGAAGAAUUUGGGCUUUGUUUCAAAGGACGGCCGAAGCAAGGCCGAGUGGCAGCUGCUGCACUAUGCCCAAGAGCUGGCCCGCAAGGAUGCCGAACUCCUGCGAACCCUGAGGGAGAAGAGGGACGUGGAGUCUGCGCUCAGGGACCUGCAGAGGUCGGUGCUGCUCAAAGAGCAGAAGGACGCCCAGGAGAGGGAAGCACUGAGGCUACGUCUGUCCCAGCUAGAGCACAUGCCUGGACCCAGUGACAGCGGCAAAGUGAACCUGCAGUACCUCAAGAAUGUGGUGCUGCAGUAUUUGCUGUGCAACGAGGCCCCAGCGCGCAAGCACAUGCUCAACGCAAUUGCCGUGGGUCUCCGUUUCACACCCCGCGAGGCGCAGCUGGCACGACAAGCAGCACAGGCCUGGUGGUGAACGUUUCCUGAAACCUUCCUUCUAUGAAAACAGUGUGCGUGUUGAUCAGAUGUACGCAUCAGGCCAUGGUACAGCUUGCACCAUUUCUGUUUGUGUUAACAUUCUUGUAUUGUAUCAGUUGUCUUCUACCAGGGACAGAACAGCUUACAAAAAAAAGCAUUGUUUCUAAAGCUGGCAACUGCAUCUUAAAAUGGAGAACGAUGCAUCAUGAGGCACCAGUUACUUGCAUAACGUGAUGGCCUGUCGCUGUUGUUUCAGUGGCUUUUUGUGCUGUUGCCGUCAGACCUAACUCAAACGCACAUUGGCGUAGCUUGCUUAAUAACAGCCAGUGCUGAGGAGCUUUGGUCGCUGGAUCCGAGUCAUCUCCACAAGCCAACAUGCAGCACCUGUGAACAAUGGAUUAGUUGCUGUGUAGAUACAACAGCUGGCGAAAUGAUUGAUUACAUUCACGGUUUUCAGAAUUCGGGUAUUGGUUUGUGGUGACGACUCUGGUCCAGCAGUCAAUGCUCCACAGUGCUGACUGUUAUGCAAGCCAUGCGCUUGAGUGAAGUCUGAUGGCAAUAGUACAUCAGUGUCAUUGUGGAGUGAAGUUGUACCAAAGCACAAGAGAGCUUGCUUACUGUGGGAACAACCUAUUAGAGCAAGAGACUGUAGUGAUCCUAAUGUCUCGGACUGCAGUUACUAACGUAAUGGCACUUUUUUUUUUCUUUUUCGUGUGUGCGUGUUUAAAACAGUGCUGUAUAAAGGUAUGAAUAGUAGGACAAAACUUCAUUUGCCAAGGCUUAUCCGAGUAUUGUGAUGUUCAAUUGUGCAUUUCUCCUUGAAGUAAGCAGUAAUCUUGGGUGUUUUAAAUGUCGCUGGUGUUGCUAGCAUCACAUGCCUUGAAAACAGCAGUGUUGGAAUAGCAACACAAACACAAGGGAACAAGGUGUAAGGCAUUUUGUUUUUAUUUUGCACAGUCGUAUAAAACUUCCAGCUACUAUUUUGCUGGCUCGGUAAAUGGGAAUAUAUACUCUGCGCACAGAGAUUGAACCAAGUGUAAGAUGUCUCGAGAUAUUAAAGUUUACUAUUUU